AUGAAUCCCAACAUUUGCAAUUUGUACCACCCAAUCCAGCAACCUCACAAAUGGAACCUUCACAACGUCCGCGGAAGCGGGCCCGGAUGGCAUGCACCUUGUGCCAUGAGCGUAGAGUUCGUUGCGACGUCUCUAUUCAUGGAAGUCCCUGCACGAAUUGUCGGCUCGAUGGCCACGAGUGCUCUAUUAGGUCAAGUGCCUGUCCAGGAGGAGUUCGGGUUUGAACAUUUCGGUGGAAUGAAUCCCCAGAUCCCCAGAAAUAUCCUACCCUCUUUUGCAGAUGGACCAAAUGGAGCUUCAAGUGUCAUAUUUUCAUUCUACCGUUUUGUCGAACUGCGUAAUCUUCACACGCUCUCGACGGAAGACGUCAAAUAUCUGGAGAUGAAAGGUAGUCUGCAUCUACCGCCUGCGCCAAUCCUCCAUGAAUUCGUCCGUCAAUAUUUCCUCCAUGUCCACCCCUGUCUGCCAAUAUUGAAUGAGGCAGAUUUCUGGAGUAUGUACUCCAAUCGAACUGAAGGAUCAACCAAACCGCGAGCCAUAUCAUUGUUCAUUGUCCAGGCAAUGUUCUUUGCAAGUUGUGCAUUCGUGCCGUCUGAUAUCAUUCAAUCUGCUGGUUUCGCCGACAAUCGAACCGCACGCAAUAUUUUAUACCGCAGAGCUAAGCUUCUUUUUGACCUGGAUGCCGAAAACGAUGCUCUGGCGAAGGCGCAGGGUUCAAUUCUCCUGACCUACCAAAGCUCACAUACCGAUUUCCAUGCCGGGAGUCGGUGGCUUACAAUUGCUAUACAAAAUGCGAUUCUUCAUGGUGUCCAUUUAUAUAAUAGCAAAUCUAACCAGAACGAUCCUCAAAAAAUGACAAAGAAACGGUUGUGGUGGUCCAUUAUACUUCGCGACCGAAUUCUGCCUCUGGGGCUUCGCCGGCAUCCUCAGAUCACCCCACAAAAUUUUGACCAGCCUCUUGACUGUUUGUCCGAGGAAGAUCUCGAAGACGAGGUGUAUAACUCUGAAGUUUAUAACCCUGAAACAAAACGACUUCUUGCAAAUGUCAUGCGCGUUCAGUGCCAGCUGGCUAUUGUGCUAACUGAUGUUAUAAUGACUGCAUACCGGCCCCAUGGGUUCUCCCAACCAAUAGUGCUGACAGAGAAGGAAUUUGUGACGGCCAUAAGGGAGAAAGGAGAUAUCAGAGAUAGCCUCACUCAGUGGGCGAAUGAUGCCGAAGCGUCGUUUGGGUCCAUCCUUGAAUCGGAUACUGUUCAUGAAUCCGUCACACUUUAUUCCAACCUGACGUUCAUGUAUUUCCAUACUGGUCGAUUGGCCUUGUGUCACAACGAGACCCUCACCUUGGAAGCUCAUCAAAGGUUUAUCGCAGAUACUUAUAGUAAACGGUUAGAGGGAAUUAAAGAGGAACUAGAAGAGGCAGCAUUGGGAAUCACAAGAUCGGUUAAACGGCUAUUGAUGCGUGGAGUGGCACGACAUCUUCCCAUAAGCGCUGUUGCCUACACUGCUCUCCCGCUAGUUUUAAAUGCCCUUGAUGUUAAAUUAUCUGGAACUACAUCCCAAUCUGCAACGCACAAGCGCAAACUGGGCUAUUACGUUGAGAUUAUGCAACUGUACCGAAACCGCUACGAUGGCACAGAUUACGUUGCCUUUCUUAUCCAGCAAGUCCUAAAAUUUGCAGAGAGCCAAAACCUCACGGUAUCCUUCCUGGCUAGCGCAGGAGCAAAUGUGGUGUCAAACUCGACUAAUGACGACAGUGACGUCAGUGGGGAUACAGAUACAUCAACCGCUUUGACAGAGCGAUCUAAUAGUGAUAAGGCUGCUGAAAAUGGUACGAAGAGCUGGGGGGAGGUCUUGGUUAGACAACCGCGUCUGUACCUACGGCUCUCAUUGUCACUGGACAUCGCCUUUGCAAGAGGGCAAUUUCCACGAGAUGCAGAUUUACCUUCGUUAGUUCGCGAGUUUCGUCCGAAAGACGAUAGUGGCCCAUCUGUCGAAACCGUGGAAGCAACCAUCCCAGUGGAAUCUCGGAUGAAAGAUCUCCCACCGCCUAUGGAUUCAUCAUUGAAACCUCCAUCGCAGCAGAGGCAAGAACAACAGCAACUCCGGGCAUAUAAACAAUCGGAUGACCCGCCAGCUACUAUGAAUACAGACGUAUACUGUCAUAUCAACGACUUGGUGGAGCUCCCAAACCCAGAACAGCAGAAGCAGCAGCAGCAGAAAGUUUCCACACCUGGGUUUUCUUCCCAGUUCUCUGUUUCCAACAAACUGGCUCCUCAAGUCGACCAGUUAGUCCCCGCCUACCCGAUGGCUUCCCAGGAUAACUUCGGUGACGUAAACCUUGAUUUCCUAGAUAUGGAUAUCCCACUUCUGAGAAGCCUAGGGAACAGGGAUGAUGUUGACAUUGGAUCUGAUAACAGUGGGGAAGAUGGGGAUGCUAAUAUCCAGAAUGCUCUUGGCCCUGCAUGGAUGGAGGUUAUGCUUGACGAGAUUCCGAGUGCUAUUCCUGGGUAA